AUGGCAACACAAACAGCAGGCCAUGGCCAAGCCAACGGCAAAGAGUUCGCUGGAAAGUUCAGGACUUACGAGGAUGACCGUAACACUCCUAGCCAGGACACCCUUUACUCCACCAGCAAUGGAGUUCCCAUGCCUCACCCAUACGAGACUCAACGUGCUGGUGUCAAUGGCCCACUCCUCCUACAAGACUUCCACUUGAUCGACCUUAUUUCCCACUUCGACCGAGAGCGUAUCCCCGAACGAGUCGUUCACGCCAAGGGUAGCGGUGCACAUGGUACCUUCAAGUGCACCAAGCCUCUUGAUGACCUCUGCAUUGCCGAUGUCUUUGCUAAGGCAGGCAACGAAUGCCCAGUCACUGUCCGCUUCUCAACCGUUGGUGGCGAAUCUGGAUCUCACGACUGCGCUCGAGACCCUCGAGGCUUCUCCGUCAAAUUCAGGACUGAAGAAGGGAAUUGGGAUAUGGUAGCCAACAACACACCCGUUUUCUUCCUGCGUGACCCCGCCAAGUUCCCUCACUUCAUCCAUACUCAGAAGCGCGACCCAGCCACACAUCUCAGCGGCAGCGAUGACAGCACGAUGUUCUGGGAUUACCUGUCUCAGAACCCAGAGUCCAUCCACCAAGUCAUGAUCCUCAUGGGCGACCGAGGUAUCCCGGACGGCUACCGCUUCAUGCACGGAUACGGUGGACAUACCCUCAAACUUGUCAACAAGGCCGGUGACUGGGUGUAUGCUCAAAUGCACAUGAAGUCCAAGCAAGGCACUAAAUUCAUCACCCAAGAAGAGUCUGCCAACUACUCUCCCGACCAUUCCCAGAAGGAUCUAUUUACGGCCAUUGAGAAAGGCGACUGCCCUUCAUGGUCAGUCGAGUUCCAGACAAUGACCGCCAAGGAGGCUGAGGAGCUGUGGGAGGAGCAAAAGAUCAACGUCUUUGACUUGACACACAUCUGGCCUCACAAGCAAUUUCCUCUUCGUGAGGUUGGCGAGUUCACGUUGAACGAGAACGCAAAGAACUAUUUCGCCGAGAUUGAGCAGGUUGCGUUCAACCCAGCCCACAUGCCACCAGGCAUUGAGCCAUCUGCAGACCCCGUCCUCCAGAGCCGCCUCUUCUCCUACCCAGACGCUCAUCGUCACAGAGUCGGAGUCAACUACCAACAGCUCCCCGUCAACUCGAGCCGAACUAGCCACCGCGUUGCCAACUUCCAGCGUGAUGGCAACAUGGCGUUCUACAACCAAGGAUCCCGUCCCAACUAUCUAUCCUCCAUUGAGCCCAUCAGCUUCCGCGAACGCUCUGUCGAUCUCGACAAAGUCCACGGCCAGUUCAUCAGCUCGGCAGUCACCUUCCUCUCUGAAAUCAAGCCCGAAGACUUCAACGCUCCGCGUGCGCUAUGGGAGAAGGUCUUCGAUGACAAGGCCAAGGCCCGCUUCGUCUCCAAUGUCUCUGGCCAUAUGUCCACAUGCCGCUACCCAGAGAUCAUCAAGCGCCAAAUCGCCAUCUUCCGUCACGUGUCUGACGACCUCGCCACACGCUUGGAGAAGGCCACUGGUAUCAAGGGCUACGAGGGAAUCGCCAACAUGCGAUUCAAUGGAACACACAAUGGCAUGGCUUCGGACCCCAAGCUUCGUCACGCCAAUGGCAUGAGUGGCAAAGUCAGCUCCAGCGCACACGACCACAACGGUGCACCGAUCAAGGGAACGCACAAGGCCGAUAGCAUUGACCAUGCUGGCACCAAUGGCACAAGGGUAAAUGGGGCUGCUACCAACGGUGCUAAUGGCCACUGA